UUAUUAAUUUAAUAAAAAGAAAACUAAAUAUGCAGCUAAUGAUCAAGACCUUGACUGGUAGAAAGCAAAGCUUCAACUUUGAUGAAGAUAAUACUAUUCUCCAAGUAAAACAAGCUCUCCAAGAGAAAGAAGGAAUCAUGAUUGAGCAAAUCAGAUUGAUUUUCGGUGGAAAGCAAUUAGCAGAUGACCAACAAAUUAGUGACUAUAACUUGAAAGCAGGAUCGACCAUCCACAUGGUCCUCCAACUCAGAGGAGGAUUCUAAAUUAUAAUUAUUCUUUUGAUAAGAUAACAAUUAUUAU